AUGGCAAAGAAAACAAAAUUAUCAACAGAAAUCAUAUGUCUAAGCGACGAUGAUAUUGAUGAUAGUAUUCCCAUAGUAAUCCCUAUAAAACAACAAAAUUCAGCAACAAUUACUGAUAAUGAUAUUCAAGAUGUUGCAUAUCAACCAGUGAAUUGGAUAAUUGAUUCCAAAGAUAAAAUUCAUGUAUAUGAACUACCUUCGAAAUAUUCAGACAUAUCUAAAAAACCGUUCGAAGUUCGCUGUACAGCUAUUCGUUUUGGUAUUACAGAAUUUAAUGUUGAAUCUGAUAUUGUUUUUAUGAAAGAAAAAGAAUUUGAAAUGAGACUUACAGGUGGAUUCUUGGAUCGUGUAAAUAUUAAAUUAGCAUACUCAGAUAUAAUUACAUUUUAUUUUUCGUUUCAAUCUGAAACACCGGCAGCGUUUAUUCAAGUUCGCAGUGAAUUUGCUCUUCUUUUUGAUAAAUAUAUUCCAACAUCGGAUGAACAUGGAAGAGGUUUCGAUCCAGAUUCUAAAGAUGAAAGAAGACGUCGGAUCAUUUUUUAUUUAAAACCAUUAACAUCAGACAUGGAACAAAUACAUACAUCGACAAUUUAUCAUUUUCUUAAAAGGAAAUGGUCUAAAAUGGAUAUUUGUUGUAUCAAUGGUGCAAGAGCUCAAGAAUUAUAUAAAUUAGCUCGAUAUGCUAAAAUGUCAUCCGCAACAUCCAAGAAAGCACCUUUUAUUCUUAGCAUCAAGGAUUUAACUGCAAAAACAGUUGGUUUAAACAAUAAUACAAUUCGAUUUGAUUUAUCAUCUGAUGAUUUACAUGGUUUGAAUGAAGGCGAAUUUCUCAACGAUAAUAUCAUCGAUUUUUAUCUACAAUAUAUUUAUUAUGAAAAAUUGUCUGAAGAAGAUCGUAAUCGUACAUAUCUAUUUAAUUCAUUCUUUUAUACACGAUUAACUCAGAAAGGCAAUGGUGAUAAUCCAAAUAUUUCAGCAGCUGAACGACGUUAUAAUCGUGUUAAACGAUGGCUUCGUGAUGUUGAUCUAUUCUCAAAAGAGUAUCUUAUCGUGCCCAUCAAUCAAAAUGCACAUUGGUAUAUUGUUCUUGUACAGAAUCAUACCAAUGUUCUCACUGAAGGUGAUUUAAUUAGCGACGAUGAAGAUAAUGAUGAUGAUGAUGGAUUAAAAUCUAAGAAAAAAAAGCGUUCAAAGAAAAUAAAUUAUCCAUCUGUAAAAGGUAGUCUUUCGAGUAGUUCACUAUCGAAAUCAAAUAUUGUUUCAAUUGAAUUUAUUGAUGAUGCGGAUGAAGUUGUAUCCACUAAUGAUAGUCCUUUAAAACUUAAUAUUGAAACACUCGUUAGUUCAAAGUUUCGAUCUCAAUCUCCUGCAAUAAUUGUUUUUGAUUCUUUACGUAUCGCUUCGAAAGUUCGUGUUGCAGCAACACUACGUGAAUUUCUUCAACUUGAAUAUGAUCACAAGAAAGUGUUACCUGUUCAAUCUUUAGCACGAAAGUUAUUUAAUAUUGAUACAAUACCAACAGUUGAAGCUGCAGUACCACAACAACGAAAUUACUUUGAUUGUGGUUUAUACAUAUUACAAUAUAUUGAAAGUUUUUUUGCUCAACGUUCAUCAACGACCAAUUCGGAGUCAUCAACAUUUUCUAAUGGGUGUGAAAAAAAUUUAAUGGGUUCAUCGAAAAGAAAAGAAAUUUUAAAUGUUAUUAAUCAACAUAUUAUUACUAAAGAAGAGUGA